AAAGAACGGGGAGACAUGAUUUCAACGCACUAGUUUAAAUUCUAAAUACUUUUCAGGCAUAGACAGGGUGGGUGAUGUUCCCUAGGACUUCUGGAUUUGUCCUGUGUAUUAAAUUAUUUUGCUUAAUUAAGACAUUUGUUUCGUCCAGCCGACUUUUCAGUAACAACAGAAAAAUGUCCAAAUCAUUUUUGGUAAGGGUUCUUUAAUUCUAAAAUACUUUUGAGCCUCGAGAAUCCUUUUAAUGCUACACCACACACCAGGGUCACAAAUGUAGGGGAUUAAAACCACUGGUUACUUAAAUUACGUAUUUAAAGGGCUUAUGGGACCUUGAGAAAAAAAGUGUAUCAACCCCCCCAACUCCCUUUCUUUUCCAACUCUGAGAACCUCCUGUUUACCAACUGUUGGCUCUAGGUGCUAGAGAUAUAGAGAUAAAUGGCCUGGGCAAGACUUUGCACUCUAUUGGAGGAAAUAAGCUUCGGGGGGGGGGGGGGGGAAGAUGUAAUCGUGAAGUCUACUGGGAGAGGGAGGAGCAUAGCAAGAAAACAGCUGAUCCUUUCUUGAUCUCCCCUUGCCGGAUCUGAAAGAGAAGUAGUUAAUAGUUGCAUUUCAGGAAGAGAAACCAGCUUGCAAGAAUGGAGUUGAAACAGGAAAUGGCAAGAAGUCUUUUGAAGACAUCAUCUUUAUCUGUGAGGACAAAAUUACUACAUCAAACGGGAUUGUCACUUUAUAAUACAUCCCAUGGCUUCCAUGAAGAAGAAGUAAAAAAAAAACUUGAGCAGUUUCCUGGUGGAUCCAUUGACCUUCAGAAGGAAGAUAGUGGUAUUGGCAUUCUUACCCUGAACAAUCCAAGUAAAAUGAAUGCCUUCUCAGGAGUUAUGAUUCUACAACUUCUGGAAAAAGUGAUUGAAUUGGAAAGUUGGACAGAGGGGAAAGGUCUCAUUGUCCGUGGGGCAAAAAAUACUUUCUCCUCAGGAUCUGAUUUGAAUGCUGUGAAAGCACUAGGGACUCCAGAGGAUGGAAUGACCUUAUGUAUGUUCAUGCAGAACACCUUAACAAGAUUUAUGAGACUCCCUUUAAUAAGUGUUGCGCUGGUUCAAGGUUGGGCAUUGGGUGGAGGAGCAGAAUUUACUACAGCAUGUGAUUUCAGAUUAAUGACGCCAGAGAGUGAGAUAAGAUUUGUCCACAAAGAGAUGGGUAUAAUACCAAGCUGGGGCGGUGCUACCCGACUAGUUGAAAUAAUCGGCAGUAGACAAGCUCUCAAAGUAUUAAGUGGGGCCCUCAAACUGGAUUCAAAAAAAGCUUUAAACAUAGGAAUGGUUGACGAGGUCUUGCAGUCUUCAGAUGAAACUGAAUGUCUAGAAGAGGCACAAGAGUGGCUAAAGCAGUUUAUCAAAGGGCCACCAGAAGUAAUUAGAGCUUUGAAAAAAUCUGUUUCUUCAGGUAAAGAGCUUUGUUUUGAGGACGCAUUACAGAAUGAAAGAGACCUUUUAGGAACAGUUUGGGGGGGACCUGCAAAUAAAGAGGCUAUUGCUAGGAGACAAAAAUUUGAUAAAUAAUUUUUUUAAAAUAUGACGUACUACAA